CUCAUACUUGCAGCCUGAAUGAUCAGAUAUAUAUCCUCUCAAAUUCAGUAAGUGCAGUGGUAGCACCAGAUAGCUACUGGCAAGUUUAGCUACCAGUUGGAGGCCUCGCCGGCGGCGGGCAACCGCGUCAUGUACAUGGACGCCUUCGGGUGGAGCGGCGCGCAGUCUCCGGCCGCCGCGCCGUGCCAGCCGAGUUGCCCCGGCGACGUCGUUGACGACGUCCUCCUCGCCGCCGUCCUGGGCGCGAGCUUCGAGCUCCACGCCGUCGUCGACGGCGGCGCCGCCGCUGUGGGCUCGGAUGAUGCCUACGGCUUCGACGACGUCCUGCCGUGCCAGCAGAUGAGCCUCCUGCGCUGCCAAGAUGGGCUGGGUAGUCUUCCCGGUGGCGCUUCCCCGACGACGGCGACGUUUCUUGACUCGGUUGAUGCGCUACCGGCCAUCGCCGGUGCGCACGACGGCGGGCUCCUCGAUAGGUUCUCGUUCCCGAACGUCCCAGAGACGACCGUGCAAGCCGCCGCGUCGAACACCGCCUUCUCCGGAUACAGCAGCACCACCGGCGGCGGGAACAUCUCCUCCGGCGAGUCGAACACCUACAACGGCCACGACACGGAGGUGGCGUCGACGCAGGUGACGACGACUCUGCCCCCCUCCAAGAGGAAGCUACCAGAGAAGUACCCCGUAGUCGUAGCCGGGGCAUCAACGACGACAACGACGUCGGAGACCGCCGCCGCAGAACGCCGGAGCAUCAAGAGAGCAGCGGCGAGCAGCAUCACGUUCGGGCGCCACCGCCACGGCGCCGGGUGGCCGUCGUCUCUCGGCCGCGGGUACGAGCCGGACACGGAGGCGAUAGCGCAGGUGAAGGAGAUGAUCUACCGCGCGGCGGCGAUGCGGCCGGUGACCCUCGGCGGCGGCGGCGCCGCCGCCGCCGAGCCCCGGAAGCCGCGGCGCAAGAACGUGCGCAUCUCCAGCGACCCGCAGACGGUGGCGGCGCGGCUGCGGCGGGAGAGGGUGAGCGAGCGCCUGCGCGUGCUGCAGCGUCUCGUCCCCGGCGGCAGCAAGAUGGACACGGCGACCAUGCUCGACGAGGCGGCCAGCUACCUCAAGUUCCUCAAGUCGCAGCUCGAGGCGCUGGAAACCCUAGGCAAUGGCGGCCACCGCAACAACCCGUUGCACCACCAUUACUACACCGGAUCAAGAAAUGCUUCUUCUGCUGGUUCCAGCAACAGCACUGUACUUGCAUUUGGGCGAGAUGGAAUUUCUGCUGGAUAUGUGAAAUCCAAUAGGAACUUGCAAUUGUAGCAAGCACUGUGGCAGUAAUAUUAGUACCAUGCAUGAUGCAUGCAUGCAGGUAUAUUCGUGUGAGUGGCAUGUAGUAUAUAUAUUUUUACACAUGCAUGAGACAAAUCAUAUCUCUCUUGCUGUUCAAGCUGGGAAAAAUGUGUUUUUAUUAACCUUGUGAUUGUGAUGGAGAGGAAUAUAUAUACAUACUU